AUGGGUUCAGUGGAAGUUCUUCGUCCACAAGACGCUUUGCAGAAACAAUUUGAUUAUCGUGACAGUGGUUUUGUUAACUCGGUUAUGAAUUCCAAGAGGAAUUUCUCUUCUUACCCUAACCCGAACCCGAACCCGAAACCCGGCCGUGGAUUUGGGAAGUUGGAUCGGCGGAAGCGCAGCCCGCAGAAGAAGGGGAAUAGUAGUGGUAGCGGAAAUGGAAACGGCGGUGUCAGUUUCUCUAGUUCGCCGCCGGAGACGAGGGGGGAUUUCAUGGUGGGGCAGGUGAGGAUUUUGAAACGCGGUGAAGGGUUGGGUGAAACGGCGCCGUUGAAGAAGAUCGGGGAGAAGGUUGAGCCCAAGGGCUGUGUUGAAAGAGUGGAGAGUAAAACGACGCCGAAAAAGUUUAACAUCGCCGACUUUUAUGCCGGAUCGGCCUGCGAUUCCUCUCCGCCGCCCAGUUCCCUGCCCGUCCCAGGCUUCUUCAAGAAGAAAACCAUCCUUGUUGAGAACAACGACUACGCAACCUGUGAUUUACGCCGUCUUCUGAGGCUCGAUCUGUCUUAA